GUCAUGAUGUCUGCUGGUUAUGUCUGCAAGAUUUAGCUGUUUUUGCCCAAGCAAAUGCAAAGCAUUUCUUGAGAGUGCUUAACCAACUUUUUAACAACUCUAAUGGAACACAGUGAGCAGACUUGCCAAUUUUCAGGUAACAUAUCUAAGUCAGAACUCUUGGCAGAAGGGUAAUGCAUUGUUUACGUGAAUAUAAUCAUCUGAUUGUUCCAUGACUUUAUGGGAUUAAACAGCAUGAAAUGCUGUCCUUCAUUAGGAUCCCUUUGGGUUUUCUAGAAGAAUAAGCUGUUUGUUUUUCUUAACUGCUCCCUCUUGUCCUGUGGUUUGAACAGUAGUUAACAUAUUCUGUUCCAUUCAUGCCAUUAUCUUUCAUUGAAGCUUUUUGUUUGCUUGCAACAUAAAAACUAGAAGCCAGAGACAUCUGCAUGACUUCAUGAUUUUGUUGUGGGAUUGUUUUCAGGUUCAAGUGAUGGUUUGGUGCUAGAAAGAAAUAUGGCUGUGACAGCUUAAAUUAUUUUCCCUUUAUAACUUUAAUAAAGAAUAAGGAAAUGCUUUUGGUAAUUUGUGUGUCAUAGAAAUUAUAUUAUAAUGCACUUUCUAAUCUCCAAAAUUGGACCAGAGCUUGUCAAGGGAUGUUGGUAAUCUGCUAAUAAAUUAAUAUAUAAAAAGUCAACAUCAGGAGCUGUUCAAAAUGAACUUGUGGCCGUACUACAAUAAACAUAAUACAACUAGGGUUUGUAACAAAGCUAGGAGGGGGGUGGGGUAGGACUUACAUUCUCCAUAUCCUUCCCUAAGCACCCUCCCCUCCCCUUGCACCUUUGCUAAUUUAAUAAAAUACUAAAUUUGCAUUUCUGAUUUUAUCUGGGAAUGGUAAGGUUCUUUUAAGCAAUUACAGGUUCAUAUUCAGCCACCUCUUCUUUUUGGACCGCAUGUGCAUGCAAGGAAUUCCAGAUCUAGCUGCCGUUAUUUUAGCAUUGAAAUUGUUUACUCUCUACUCUGGCAAAGACAUGUUUUAUGAAAUGUAAACUUAAUUUGCUCUGAGUCAGGAAACCUUGAAACAAGAUCUGUCCUUGUUUUCAUUAUCAUUUUUUCUUUAAGGUGUGUGUCACAGUUGCAAGAAGCCAAUCAACGGCUGUGAAUCAGCUUGCCAUGCAAUGGAAAACCUUUACCAUGUUCAUUGCUUUUUAUGCUGCAGCUGUGGUAAGAACAGUCCGUCUGCAUAGUAGACGCUUGGAGGCGAUAUGCAAGAAAAAAUGGGGCACAGGACAGAGACACAAGAGGGGAGACGGAGCCCUCUACCCUUGUGUGUCUCACUCGUGUGCCCUGUACUUUCAAGCCCCUGCUGCGCAGGCUAUGAUAAGAAGUGAAUAGAAACGUACCUAAAAAUAAAAAUUAUGCAAAUAAAUAGUUAAUUAUUAUCCCCUCCCACAAGCAGCUUUUUAGGAAUAGUGAUAAAUUUCAGAGCCGUCAUUAAGGGCUUAACCCAUAACACCUGUUAUCGCUGAGCUCACUUGGUGUUAUAGGUAAUCAAAGUGGAAACUGAAAAGCUAACAGAGACACUAAAUUCUUUGUAAGAUGUUACAGCUGCUUCAAGACUUAAUGACAGCCCUGUAAACAACACUGCAGACAUCUUUUUGACAACAGUUUUAAUUAGUGGUGUGAAUAAAAUGUUAUUACUCAUUAAAUUCAUAUUUAUCUAUCAACUUCCUCAGGGAAUCAGCUAAUUGGUCAGGCAUUUUAUAAUGUUAAUGGAAAAAUCUACUGUGAACCUGAUUACAAGGUAUUUGUUUUCUAUUAUUAUUGUCUCAAGUUGCACUGCCUAAAGACACAAGUCUGUGUUCUAUGAAAAAUUGAGGGGAGCCUAGUUCUCUGAACCUGUGAAAUACAGGGUGCCCAGCAUAAUAUUUUUUUUAUGAAAAAAACUAAGAUUUUCUAGUCACCCAGAAGCAAAAAUAAGGCACCAGGGGUGACCGGGAACUGCAAGAGCACAGCCCUGUGACACUUUGUACAAGACAGAGUUGAACCUUUCCACAAUGGCCACCUUGGGGACAGAAGAAAGUGGCUGCUGUAAAGAGGUGGCCAUUGUAGAGAGGUAUUGAAACAAGAGUCAAUGUGUGGACUAGCCUGCGAAAACAUGUUUCUCUUCGCUCUUUGCCGCUGGGGAUGAUGUGUGUGGAGGAACGUCUGCGACUCAGCGACAGAAAUUCCAUACUGAUGACGCAAAUCAAUGUUUACAUAAUAAAUCCGGUAGUCAUGGGGUUCCAAAUAUAAAUUUGUCUAAUUUUACAUGUCUUCUUGUCGAUUUUGGUAACGUGUUGUGCUCAUCUGCCAACGAGCUCCAGCAAAAUUCAAAUGCUUCUUCUAGAGAAGACUAUAUUCCACAAAUAUUGACUGUUUUGUUGGAGAUUCUUCGCGUUUACCUUUGACCUUUGUGGCCUUUUGUCUUUUGUCUGUCAUUUGUAAACAAUAGCUAAAACAAUGAAACUACUCCGUCGACCAAUCAGCCCUUCUGACCAGAUCCUGGACAGAUUUUACGUCAUCAGUAUGGAAUUUCUGUUGCUGAGUCACAGACGUUCCUCCGUGCGAAACGUCCCCAGCGGCAAAGAGAGAGGAGAAACGGAUGUUUUCGCAGGCUAUGUAUAGACUUUCCACCAAAAAAGUGGCCAUUGUGGAGAGGUGAUUGUUAAUGGAGGUUUGACUGUACCCUACAGAAAAUUAAUUCAGAUUUUUGUUCAAACUUUGUGACAAGUUGAAUUUUGACAUGCUAAUUGCAGUUCAUUUGGUAAUAUCUGCAGUAAGCCUUGAAGAGCGACAAUUAUUUUUCCUUAUUUUUGCAGAAGCUGGGUCUUUCAAUGAAAUACUGUCAUUCUUGUGGAAAGGCAAUUAAGCUUAAGGCAAGUUAAAUAAAUUAUAUAAUUAUUAUAAAUUCUUUUAAUAUAAAAUAAAAUUUAAAAAAAAGUUACAUAAAUAAUUUAUUACUGUAUCAAAGUGAAAAGAAAAAGUUGAGAAUAUGUGAGAGUAAGCAAGUAGGGACAAUAUUAUUGUCACAUAGUGUCAUGAAAUUGAGAAUUUUCAAAUUUUAUAAACACACAGAUUAUCCAAGCACUGGGAAGAUGUUACCAUCCUUCAUGUUUCAGAUGUUCAGUUUGUCAAAUAGAAUUAGAUGGCAUCCCCUUUACUUGGGAUCAAGAAAGUCGAAUAUACUGUGUUCCUGACUACCAAAGGUAAAUUGAAAAUUCUGAAGCAAAAUUACUCCACUUCUUUAAAAGCACUGAAAAUGAACACAGUUAUUCUUUUACUGUUCUAGAAAAUUUUGUCCAACCUGUGCUGUGUGCAAGCAACUCAUUGCCCCUGCGAAGGUGAGCUGUUGUGCAUCAGUUUUGGGCUAUCCUAUUUUGAGCUGUUUUGUGUUCAGAAUAACAUCACAGCUGCUUGCCUAAUAUCUUGCAGAACAAAGAGGAGAUUCUUAGAGUGGUAUCAAUGGGGAAAGAUUUCCACAUUGACUGCUUUAGAUGUGAGGUUAGUAGUUGAAGCAUUUCAUGACAAGGAGAGGCAAGAAUCAGAGCUAAAAUGCUUUAAUAAUAAAAUUACCAGAUUUCAAUAUUGUACACUCGGUGAUGGUGGAUUUCAUACUGCUUUGAUCUUUUCAAAAACAGCAGGUUUUUGUGCAAACUGUGAUGUCAUAAGAUUCUUUGUAUUAAGUAGGUCUUCCUAUAUAUUUGUGAAGCAGAAAGAUCAUUAUAUGCACCGAAGGAGAGAGUUACAUAGUCUUUGAGUGAAUUUUUGUGCCAUGUGUCACUGACUUAGUCUUUUACAUUUUUUACUCUCUAUGUCUGCUGGGGCACCUUAUGCUACCUUACAAAAAUCCAUCUAAUCCACCUCUGUAAUAAAUACUGUCAAUGAGUAAAAAAAGUUUAUUUCCAUAUUUUUCAGGAGUGUGGACUUCAGUUGUCAAGCAAGCAGCAGUGUUAUCCUAAAGACCAGCAUCUACUUUGUAGAAAAUGCCAUGUUAAAAAAACUCGCAAGUCAAAAUCACCACAAGAGACCCCAUGUAAUUCACCUUCUGACUCACCAAAUGUCACUCCUCGCUGUCUUCCACGUGCCAGACCUCGCAUUUUACGUGGACGCAAUCAGUGAAAAAAAAAUGUUUGAUAUAAUAUGG